GCAUUAAUAUUAACAUAAAAAUGUUGUGCCUGCAACUAGCUCUUUUUAUUACACUUCUAUUUGCGAUCACGAUCCUUGCCGGUCGCAUAGACACAUUGCAGGAGGAAUACGCAAAGGAACAAUACAAGCUGCGCAAGGAUACUUGCCACAGAAAACCGGAAUAUGGCAAUUGCAAGGGUCAUCGCUCCAUGUGGUACUUUAACAUUGACAGGCUAAAGUGCGCGAAGUUUAAUUAUUCGAACUGCGGAGGAAAUCGUAAUCGCUUCUUUACCCGUGAGGACUGUGAAGAGUAUUGCAAAGGAUUCGACUUGCCUAAGCCUAUUCCACAAAAAAGAACUCAAACUAAAGCGUAGACAACUAGAAAUGUAAUUUUUUGUACUUUUUGAACCUAGACUAGAAAUGUAAUUUUUUUAACCUUACGACUAAAACAGAUGUCCAUUAAAAACUUUACUAUAAAUAUCA